CGCAACUGCACGUAUCCGGCCUCUGUUUGUCCGUUCGCCGGCCGUUUAGAUCGCACGCGUGUGUCCUCUUGGUCGUGUUGUUACGACGACGACGUAACCUACCGGUAAAAACAUUCUGACUGUUCCGUGUGUGCGCGCUGUUCACCAGACCGUGUAGGAAAAAUAAAGAAUCGCAAUUCAGAAGCAGAAAAAAAGAAACACAACCGAAUGAUGAAUCGAAUCUGAAAUCGAAGAGUGCUAAAUUGAAAAUUGCCCGGUCGGUCGGUCGGUCCGUGUGAUAUGGUUUCGUUGGUUUGGUGAUCGAGAAACGAAAUGUGACCUAGCUGCACAAGAAUCGGGAGUAUUGUUUCGGCGAUAAGAGAAGUUGAAGUGAGGAAAAUUGAGUGAUAACGAAACAAGUGAAACAAUUGUCUCCGAGUUGGCGACAACACGGUAGACCGACCAGCAGAAGUGGCAGUGGUGAUGAACAACCAUCAUCCGGUCGUCACGAAACACAAUAUACCGUAAACAAAACAAACAAAAAACGAAUUUUCACCUGCGAGCGAACCGAAAACGGAGAAACACAGACCAAAACAGAAACGCAACUCGAUUGUCAACAACUGAGUGUAUGUGUGUUCGUGGGUGUGCGGGUGGAGUUCUCGUAUGAAUAUUUACCCAAUUAUUCUGCAUUCAACGCGAGUAGUUCUCCCAGAACCGGAAGUGGCCUAGUGGAGCAUGAAGUCGUAACAACUCCGCGUUCAACAACCGAAAAGCAAUAAAGUGGCGCGUGUAUCGCACCAACCGAAAAAAAAUCAGAUAGCAAGAUUCGGUGCUUUCGGCGAAUGUGUGUAAAAUCAUCAAUUUUUGGCGCAUUAUUACGCCGAUUAAUCACGGUUACGGCCGAUCCGUAGAAAUCGACAACAGCAGUUUAGGUGCGAGCUGAACGCGGAAACCGUGGAGGAAAACAAUUCAAUUGAGAGUUGUUUUUUGCUUCUUUUUGUGUUUAAAUCGACGAAGCAAAAACAACCCAAACAAAACCUGAAUCGACGAAAGCCCACGGUUUCCAUGGUGACUUUCUUCAAACAAAACUUGACAGCAGGGGUAUUAUCGAUUUAAGCCAAAAGACCUCCAUCUAUCAGGUGGAUGUAGGUAGUGAUUACUUCUUCUGUCAGUAUUUGAAUGAUUCCAUCCGUGCGGAUUCGGCAUGAAAAGAGCUUUCUAGCGAAAGUGAGUGUCAAAUUUUUCGCAAAGUAACCCAAGUGUCCCAAGUGAAAUCGUGUACAUGUGCUGUGAGGAAAAGAAGAACCCCAAAGUCAGAAUGACGACGACGACGACGACAAAGACGACGACGGCUCGAAGGCUUGUGUUGCUUCUUUGGGCCUCGCUUUCGAUCCUCCAGACGGCAACCGGAGCGCACUCGUCGUCGGUGUACGUGGACAAAUCGGGCUACAAAAAUAUCGUCGUCGAGAUACGGGAUAACGUACCGGUGGAAAACUGCCAAACGAUACUGCACAAUCUAGAGAUUAUGCUAACAUCUGCCUCGCAGUACCUGUUCUCGGCACUGGACAGUCGAGUGUACUUCGGUGAAAUAUCGGUGGUAUUGCCUUCCCAGUGGCCAAACUCCUGCAUUCCGUACAAUCAAACCAGAACAUCGGCCAGCGGGGAACGAUCGGAUGUGACCAUUAGGUCUCACACCAAGGCGGAGUCGCUCAUCUGGACCGAUCAGUAUACCGGCUGUGGCGAACCGGGUGAUCAGAUCUACAUCGACUCGGAGAUCCUGGGGCGGGACACGAUCGGCCGGGAGUUUGUUCGGGAAUGGGCCAAAUAUCGUUACGGAGUAUUCGAUGAAAUCGGGUACGAUAAGGAUCCGGUUUAUCCAAGGUGCUACAUCAACGAUGAUCAUGAGAUCAAGCUGACGGGAUGUUCGGACGCCCCUGUGAAUGAUCAUGGACUGUGCGGUAGUCCGACGUCUCCACCCGUCCCUUACAACAUAAGUGACAUCCUGGAUCGGAACGCCCGAACCAGCAUCAUGUUCGCCGCCGAAGCUCCAAGUGUAUCGAUGUUCUGCGACGAGGGCACCCACAACCGGUACGCCCCCUCCAAGCACAACCAGAUGUGCGAUCGUCGCAGUACCCUGGAUGUGAUCCUCAAACACCCGGACUUUAUCUCCGAGAGCCCAAUCGCUGUUAACCCUUCGGUAAUUAUCAACACCACACCCAAGUUCAGCUACAAAACUCGCAAGUCCACCCGGUACGUCAUAAUCAUCGACGAAACCUUGGACAUGCAGCUCCGCGAAUCAUGGAGCUUCCUGCGCAGUGCCAUCCGCAAGUGGGUCGUCUACGACCUGCCUGGCAACACCGAAAUCGGAAUGGUCCUCGCCAACGACACUGCCACCGAGAAAAUCCUCCAAAUCUCCCCGCUGCACAUCCAGGAAAACAAAGAUCUCGUCGCAUCCUUCAUUCCCUAUUCGCCGAGCGAUUCGCGCCAACCGGCCUGCCUAACCUGUGCCAUAUCCGACGCCAUCAGUAUGCUCAACGAGCGCGCUCGUCUCAGUGGACCUGCCAACUCGGUCAUCCUGAUCGUCGCCCCCGGCAUGGACUUCUCAAUCGACUACAAACCCCUAGCCAACGCUGCCCGUACCAACAAAAUUCGCAUCACCACCAUCAACUAUCCGAACGUCAUCCGCAGGCAACCCCUAGACGCCCUGGCUCACGGAACCGGAGGUUCCGCCUUCUCCGUCUUCGAGUGCAAAUACAAUGGCGAAAAGACCUAUCUGACCACCUACUUCGAACUCACCAACGUCCUGUUCAACAUCGGUAAACUCUAUUACGAAGGCAACGCAAACGAUCUGCCCGUAGAAAUCUACCGUAAGGAACUGGUGGACGUGAUCGAUGACUCCAACCAGAUCUCCAAACGUACCAGCCGAACCGUAACCGGUAGUUUCAUGCUGGAUUCCUUUAUGGGCCCUCCGGCGCACUUUUUCGUCUACAUCCACAACCCGGAAAACCCGUUGAUCACAAAUCUCAAGCUCACCAGUCCGAACGGAAACGUCUACACUUCGCGAAGCGACGCACGUUCACUGGUCAAACAGCUGAUGAUUUCCGCCGUCCUCAACGAGACCGGCACCUGGACGUACACGAUCGAUCGCUUCAAUGGGAACCCGCAACCGCACUACGUUCAGGUGAUCGCAACUCCACGGUCCAAGUAUGCUCCGGUGAUUCAAGCCCGCUCGUGGAUCCACCAGAGCAAGUCCGGUGGCCCACCGAUCAUCUACGCCGAAGUGAAGAAAGGUGACCUGCCGAUAAUCUCCGCUUUGGUGGAGGUUACCGUUACCCGACCGGACAAGGUGUGUCAGGCUGGCAGUGGAAUGGUUCACGAGUGCCGUGAGAAGCUGAAGCUGCUGGACACCGGUGCCGGUGAUCCGGACAUAACCAAAGGCGAUGGAGUGUACUCGAGAUAUUUCAAUGCGGAAGAGUUUGGUGGGUCCGGAGCAUAUCAGUUCGAGGUUACGGUUAGCGACAAUGGCAACACGGCGUACUCGCUGUCCGAGAGUGCCAGCUUUGGAGCGAGCACAUCGAAGUCGACAAGGUGCUGUGGAAGCUCCAUUGCGAUUCCAUUGAAGCAACCGUUGACUCCGUUCCAACGGACGUUGCAACCGAUGACCGUAUUCGUCACGCAGGAGCAGUUGAACGACGAGAACCAACGGUUGGCUGGUAGGAUCAGUGAUCUGAGCUCCGAUGUGGAAGGAAUGCGUGUUCGACUUAGCUGGACUUCGCCGGAUAUGGGAGGAAAAACCGUUGCCCGGUAUGAGGUGAAAUAUGCCACUACGAUCAAGGACAUUGUGGACAACUUUGAUACGGCAGCUGUCCUAUGGCAUCACGAUAGUCCAUUGACCUACUCGAUCGGAGAUGACAGCACUUUUACGAUGAACAUUACCCACGAACCGCAUCUUAUCGGUCAGAUUUUGUACUUCGCCGUCAGACCGUAUUCGAAGGUAACGAAGGAUGCUGAACCGGGUCCAAUUUCUAACUAUGUUCGAGUGUUCGUUUCAAAACCGAAACCUACCACGCUGUAUCCUUCGUCUAGCUCGAGUGGUACGGAAAGUUACGACUCCAUUUGGUCUUCGUACGACGGGAUCAACAAACACCAUGACGACGGUAUGGACAUCAUCCCGCGGAUCGCUAAGAGCAUGGAUCUUGGUCUGGAGUUGCUGCUGCCGAUAAUCGCCGGAGUUAUCCUACUGCUAGCACUCAUCAUUGUGUACUGUUAUUUCUGCGUCGUCAAGAAGCGUCACGACAAUCACGAUGACGAGCAGAAGAAGCCCAUCAAACCCUUCAAAAGCGAUCACAAGUCGUCCAGUCACAAUGUCAUCGUAACAACCGCCGGAAAUGCAUCUUCGCCUUCAUCGAACUCCACCACGUCGUCUUCUUCGUCACCGAACCAUGCCAAUCAUCAACCGCACAUCCCAACGUCCGUGUCCUACGACAUGAAUCUCAACGAUCACCAAACUGUGGGCAUCCCAACGAUCUACAACAUUGACGACGACAUGAUGAUGUCCAAGAAGCGCUACAGCACUAUGGGUUCAACCCACCCUAUGGAACAGCAGCUCAUCGAAGAGCUCAAGCAACAGCAGCACAUAAUCGAUACCCAGUCCUUCAUUGUCCCAUCAAACAUCAACAACAACAACAACAACAACUGCGCCGUCAGUAUCAUCUCCACUGCCUCCAACAAUACCACCUUGACCCGAACUUACAACCCAAAUCCCAUGAUCCCGGGAGGUCGAACUCUCAGCCCAUACGAAUCCUGGUCGGCUUCCCAGCUACUCCAGGAACACGACCCACACCAUCCCCAUCACCCUCAACCGACACUCAUGGACGACCUGGUGGACAACAACGGGCCCCAGCAGUUCUAUAGCACCCAGCCCCACUCCCAGCACGAUCAAAUGUCUCUCCUGAACAACAACCACAUCAACGAAAGCACUCCACCGGUCCCACCGCUCCCGAUCUACACCACGAGCAGCAGUGGCAACACCACCAGCUACGUCUACGGGCCGCAUUCGAACAAUGGGUCGGUGAAUUCCGUCAAUAGCAACUCCGGAGGCAACCCCAGCGGCACCGACACCAAGAAACGGCGGAACGUAACGAUGGUCUAAGCGCCCCACCCAAGCGGAUAGUGAUACAAGCGUCUCGCUCUUUUUAAGGCAAAUGUGUACAUUACACAUUCAGUGCAGAAGCGAGAUCGGAUCGGAUUUCAGAACAUGAGGAAAAUCGUUUGCUUUCAAUCAAUCGAACUAGUCAAAUUGGAUAGAACUUCGUCUGUUUUCUUAUAUUUUAAAAGAGCGCAUUAUUAGACAUUAUUGUGGUGACCUAAUUCGAUUUCCGGUUUUGAGUUUUUACACAACGCAACUUCCUAACUAGUAAGCGACGUAAGAGGAAAAGAGACACCUAUUAUAGAGGCAAAUCAACAAAUCAACUUUCGGUAGAAUUAAGCAAAACAAAACAACUGUCAGAGCAUUUAACUAUAUUUAAAAGAAGGUAAAAUUUAAAAGAUAAAGGUAAGAGUUUAUAAAGUAGAUCAUAGAAGAAUGAUUUAAACGCACCACGAUGUUUAAAUUAGGACAACAGCCAGAGCGAUGCAAAACAAAUCAACUAUAAAUCCUAAAUAGGCAACAACCAGCAGAAAUCUGUGGCAUUAUGAAUAUUUAUUGUAAACUGUAAACGGAGAGUAACACACUACAAAUUCUACAUUAAGUAGGGAUUUUCCAAAAGAUCCCACCAAGUGAUGAGCUUAGGAUAUUUGGAGGGGACGAGAUAUGGCAAGUAUAUGGUAGGAAAUCCUAUCCGAAGCAUAAAGUGGUCAGUUUCUACCGAAACAUCAGUAUCAGUAGAUAAGUCAAAAUAUUUUCUUCUGUUAGAGUGAUCUGUACGAAUGGUGUGCUGUAAUGGAAAUAAAAUUAUGACUAUAAUUGUAACUUUUUGGAAAAUUUUAGUUCGGUUUGACAAGUUCAGAAAUCUCAUUAGGCAGUAAGUUUUAUGUUUUGACUCUCAUGUAAAUAUAUUUUAAACAAUCGAAUAAAACACAAACUUCAGUUCAAUUUAAAA